AUGACCAUAUUGGAAUGUCAGAGACUCUCUCACAGUGCAAGAUGGUAUUAUUUACCGCAGCAGCCGUGUUAUUUCUUUGAGCUCGACCUUCUUCCAGAUACCACGGCAGCCACAGUAAUCAACUGUUUGAAACAACAUUUUGCACGUCACGGAACACCAGAUGUUGUAAUUACCGACAACGGACCACAGUUCAAAUCAACAGACUUUCAUGAUUUUUCAUGUAAUUGGGAGUUUGAGCAUGUAACCUCCUCCCCGUAUUAUAGUCAGUCAAACGGGAAAGCAGAAGCAACAGUGAAGAUCGCAAAGAAAAUGGUGCGCAAGGCUAAGAAGAAUGGAGACGACCUGUGGAAAUGCAUCCUAGAUUGGAGGAACACCCCAACAGUGGACAUGGCCAGCAGUCCAACUCAACGACUCAUGUCACGAAGGACUCGACAUUCCUUACCUUUAUCGCAGGAACUACUCCAGCCCAAACUUGUCGACGAUGUAGCGGACAAAGUUAAGUUCAAGCGACAAAAGGCCAAAUUCUACUACGACAAAUCUGCUAAGGAACUACCAGAACUCGAAAUUGGUCAACCAGUCCGCAUGAAACAUCAUACGGAAAAAAAUGGAGUUAUGGUACUUGUGUGGAUAACAUCGGCAAUCGCUCUUACAUCAUAG